AGAAACUGACGGCUGUUGAAAGAAUUCUCCUUUCAGCAGGUCUCAGGAUGGAGGUUUGUCCCACCGGGUCAUCUGAUCUGAGCGAGGCUGAAGAGGCUGAAAUAGACACCAUCAAGCGGCACAGGAUGGCACUCCUGGAGGACAUUCAGAAGCUGAAGGUGGAGAUUGCGCAAGUGUUUGCGGAGAUAGAUUGCUUCCAAAGCGCAGAAGAGAGCAAAAUGGUCCAGAGGGAUAAAGAUCUGUGCGUGGGCCGGAAGAAAUUCAACAUGGACCCUACAAAGGGGAUCCAGUACUUGACCGAGCACAAGGUGCUGUCCUCAGACUUGCGAGAGAUCGCCAGGUUCCUCUACAAGGGAGAAGGCCUGAACAAGACAGCCAUCGGGGAUUACCUGGGAGAGAGGGACCCAGCAAACCUGCAGAUCCUUCAGGCCUUUGUGGAAUGCCACCCGUUCGCCAACCUCAACCUGGUGCAGGCACUAAGGCAGUUCCUGUGGAGCUUCCGGCUGCCCGGGGAGGCCCAGAAGAUUGAUCGAAUGAUGGAGGCCUUCGCCAACUGGUACUGCCAGUGUAACCCGGGAGUCUUCCAGUCGACAGAUACGUGCUACGUGCUCUCCUUCUCCGUCAUCAUGCUGAACACCAGCCUGCACAACCCCAACGUGAAGGACAAGCCCCCCUUCGAGAGGUUCGUGGCCAUGAACCGAGGCAUCAACAAUGGAGGGGACCUGCCUGAAGAGCUCCUGCGGAAUCUGUUCGAGAGCAUCAAGAACGAGCCAUUUUCCAUCCCGGAGGAUGAUGGGAAUGACCUCACGCACACUUUCUUCAACCCCAGCCGUGAGGGCUGGCUCCUUAAACUGGGAGGCCGGGUGAAGACCUGGAAGCGCCGUUGGUUCAUUCUGACUGACAACUGCCUGUACUACUUUGAAUACACCACGGAUAAAGAACCUCUGGGGAUCAUCCCCCUGGAGAAUCUAUCGGUUCGGAAGGUGGAGGACCCCAAAAAGCCAAACUGCUUCGAGCUCUUCAAUCCCAACUGCAAGGGGCAGAAGAUCAAAGCUUGCAAGACAGAUGGGGAUGGGAAGGUGGUAGAAGGCAAGCACCAGUCCUACAAGAUCUCGGCAGCCACGCCAGAGGAGCGCAACCUGUGGAUUGAGGCGAUACGGACCAGCAUCACCCAGGAUCCCUUCUAUGACCUGGUCUCAGCCCGUAAGAAAAAGAUCGCCAGCAAAAACUGAGCCAGCUGCCGGCCCACUCGUUACUUUCCAGAUGAUCUUUAAUCACUGGGCCAUAUCCUCCCCCACUGGGCUCUACCAGCGAAGGACGCUCAGGAGCAGCACCUUCCCCUACCUCCUGACUGGUCAGAAGGUGACCGACAGGCUGACAAGCCCCAUUUGGCUCCUCCCUUUCCAAUCCGGGAGUUCAAUUCUGAAGGGGAGUAGGUUGAUGCGGACGUGGAUCUGGAGGCCGGGACAAUGGGCACAGCCUCUCCCGCACUUGAACUGACAGAGGCUGUAUGACAAGACAUAACCUUGUGUACACCUCACACUGGCCUC